AAGUCGAUGAGGUGCAGGCAGAGCGACCGGUCAGGGUGGACCCUCCAGUAGCGACCCAGCAGUCCCUGCGUGAUGACAUGCAAGCAAGGAGCUCGGAGAGCUCGACGGAGCAGAAGGAAGACAUCUCCAACUUCUUUGACUCGCUCAAGAGACUCGACUCGCUGAAACACCGAGAGGAUUUGAUCCGACAGAGAGAGAUGGAGCAGCGUGGGAUGAAGCCUCGGCCCAACGUGGAUGUGGAUGCUUCCGACCGGCAUGACCGGGAGAGAGAUGAUGCUUUCUUCGAUCAGAUUGCAAGGGCAGACAUGAAGAAGAGUGUGCGCCAUCAUCGAUCCGACAAGUCUCUGGAUGCACUCCAGCAAGAACUUGACAAGCAGCGCAGCAUCAAGGAUCGUCCGCACGCGCAUGAAGCCGCCGCGUCCCGGGUUGCUGACGAGUGGAAGUUCGCGGAGAAGUCUCUCGGGGUUGACAAGCACAAGUCAAAGCCGCAGGUUGUCAAACAAGCUGUCGGGGAGCACCUCAAGGUAGCUCCACAGCUCACGGCGAAGUCGCCGGUAGUGGCCUCGGCCGUCAAGGAUGCAGCUGUGAAAGCCCCAGCUGCAGUCCAGGAGGCGUCGGGGUCGAAGGGUGAGGGUAGCAAUGCGGGGUUGCUGGGGGAGACGGAAGGGAAGUGGAUCAAGGAUAUUGAGAGUGUCCCGCUGAGUCUAUUCAGAUGAGAGUAAAAGGUGUAGAUUAUCCCGU